ACCAUAAUGUCCUUAAAACCAGAUGCUCCUCUAAUAGUUUCUCCUCUAGAUUCUGUUUAUUCAAUAUCAGAAAAAAUGUCCAAACAAAAAAUUCAUUGUGUAAUGGUCAAAGCGACCAUCGCCGAAAAAAUUAUUGGGAUUUUCACAACAAAAGAUUUAGCCUUCAGAGUAAUCGCAAAAGGUUUACACCCAAAAUUACUUAAAGUUAAAGACAUUAUGACUAAAAAUCCCUACUGUUCUCCCUCAAACCUAUCUGCUAGUGAUGCACUAAAUUUAAUGGUAAAGAGAAACUUCAGACACUUACCAAUAAGGGAUGAUACAAAUCCAAACAAGAUCAUUGGUAUACUAGACAUAACAAAAUGCUUCAACCAAGUUAUGUUAAAACUAGAAAAAAUCGCUAAAUCAACUCACAAUUUAAAUAAUAACAUUGAUAAUUUAAGUGAGGGCUCUUCACUCAUUAAUCCUGAUUUGGUUGACGAAAUUAAGAAUUUAAUAAGUUCAAUGAAAUCUCCAACUUUAGAUGAUGUUCUCAAUGAGCCCAACCAUCCUGCUCCUGUUUUCAUCGAUUCCAACCAAACAAUCAGAUUUGCUGCAGAGCAAAUGAGAAAAAAUAAAUGCACUGCAGUUCUAGUCAAAGACACCAAUGGAACCUUGACCAAAAAUAACUCAAAUGUCAUUGGUAUAUUUACCUCAAAGGAUAUUGUUUUCAGAGUAUUAGCAAAUGACUUGGAUCCUGAGUCUUGUACAAUUGCAAGAUGCAUGACAACUCAGCCAAAAUUAGCUGAUAGAGAUCUAACUGUUCAAUCGGCCUUAAAAUUAAUGUAUGAUGGUCAUUUUUUGAAUCUACCGGUUAUUGAUGACGACAAAAAUAUCAUUGGAAUUGUUGACGUUUUACAAUUGACUUGCAUGGCACUUAAUCAAUUGAAUAAGGCUAUAUCAAAGGACGAAAGUUACUUGAAAAAUCAUUUUGACACUCCUUCUACCUCAAUGACUUCCUCUGGUCCUGCUUGGGAUCGAUUUUGGAGGUCUGUUGACCGAACCUUUGAAGAUACAGCUUCAUCUGUCUCCGAUAUAAGUUAUACAUCUGGAGGCCCAUUGUUUGCAAAUUCCAACACACCUUCA